ACAAAGAAUUCUUACCUGGCUGUUUCCUCCGUGGGGUUCCCCCAAGGAUUCACACAGCCAAAGCUACUCUCCCUGACUCAUGGCGACCGUUACUCUUCCUCCUUGGACCUCCAUAGGUUCUAGGAAGGUCCUUAAUUACGUAUCACGCAGUCAGAUUUCGGGCCGCGUUAUACGCAGUUUCACUUUCACCCGAUUUGGCGUUCAAAAGAGCAUCCAGAAUGCAGCCUACCAAGGAUCAGGCCAGGCUAUGCCUGAUAACGCGUCGAGCAGGAGGUUUUCGUACAGCGGAUUGUCACGCAGGAGCGUGUCGCACAGGGCCCCGUCGCAUAGCUUGUCGCAUAGGGGUGUGUCGCACAGAUGGUUGUCGCGCGGAGGUCUCUACGACCAGUCUGUGCGAGCCGCAUCAGCGAGGAGCCAAUCAGCGACAGCAGCAGCUGCGACGAACUUUCCCCUACUAUCAGAAGCCGAGCCGCCAGUAGAACGAGCUUUAGACCGCGCACCGGUGUAUCUUAAAGACAUGAGCUACGAGCAACUAGAGGAUUGGGUGGCAGCAGAGUGCGGGGAGGAGCACAGGAGACGGGCCAAGGUCCUGUGGAAGUGGCUGUAUCGAGAUGGCCACUGGGCUGAGAGCGCAGAUGACAUGGCAGGAAUGGGCACCUUUCUUCCUCACCUCGCUUCCUUGGGAAUAAGCCGCUCCUUCCUCUCUCUCCUCGCCUCCUCGGGUGCUCGCUUCUCCUCCUUACGACUCCACUCCGUUCGAACAGCAGCCGAUGGCACAAAGAAGGUGCUGUUUGAGCUGAGCCGUGAUGCUGACAUGCCUCUCUCUGACCGCCCGAGGCGACUGGGAGUGGUGGAGACGGUGCUCAUCCCCCACAGACCAGGGAGGGGAGGGGGUGGGGAGGAGGAGGGGGAGGAGGGGGAGGAGGGAAGCAGUAGUGGAGACGAGGCAGAGGGGGGUGCUAUGAGCAGGAGUGGGGUCAGUGGGGUCAGUGGGGUCAGUGGGGUCAGUGGGGAACAUGGCAGCCGCAGCAGCAGCAGCAGCAGCAGCAGCAGCAGCAGGAGCAAGGGGGGUCGGAACACUGUGUGCGUGUCAACGCAGCUUGGGUGUGCCAUGGGGUGCCAGUUCUGCUUCACUGCCAAAAUGGGUCUCCAGCGCAACCUCACAGCAGGGGAGAUUGUGGAUCAGGUGGUUCAAAUUCGCCGGCUCUUUGCAGAUGAAGUCGGCCCCGUGACCAACGUUGUAUUUAUGGGCAUGGGCGAGCCACUUCACAACCUCCCAUCCGUCCUCACAGCAUGCACCACUCUUCUCGACCCCCUGGGCGCGCACUGCUCUCCAGCUCGCACCACCGUGUCCACCUGCGGCCUUGUUCCGGAGAUGGUGGAGUUCUCCCGGCACACAGACGCCAGCCUUGCGCUCAGCCUGCAUGCAACCACCGAUGAGGUGCGCGACAGAAUCAUGCCUAUCAACAAGAAGCACGACAUCAAGUCCCUAUUUUCCUGCCUUUCUGACCUCUUCCCCAACCCAGUGGUGCCGAGAGUGGGAAGGGGAGAGGAGGAAGUAGGGAGAAGAGAGGAGGAUAGAGCAGCGGAGGGAGAAAUGGGAGAGGUUGGGGGAAGCGGAGAGGGGCAUACCAGUACUACUACCCUGCAGCAGUCAAGAAAACGCCACGUGUUUAUUGAAUAUCUGAUGCUGGAUGGCGUCAACGACAGUUUGGAGGACGCACAGCGCCUAGUGACCCUAACAGCAGGCAUCGCAUGCAAAAUCAACCUCAUAGUAUUCAACCCGCACCCGGGAACAGCCCUGCAGCCGACGCCCCUUCCCCAGGUGCUAGCGUUCCAAGACGUGCUGGUGAAAGGCGGCAGGAAGGCUUAUCUGAGGCAUAGUAGGGGCGACGAUGAGAUGGCGGCGUGCGGACAGUUGGGGCAGGUGCCCAGGCUUACAGAGAAGAACAGAGCAGCAGCUGUGGUGUAGAGCUAGCAGCAGCAGGAUCUGUGGCGGUUUGGAUGCAACAACACUCGGUGCUUUCCAGGAUGUGCUGGUGAAGGGCGGCAGGAAGGCUAACCUCAGGCACAGCAGGGGAGACGAUGAGAUGGCGGCAUGUGGACAGCUGGGGCAGGUGCCCAGGCUCACAGAGAAGAACAAAGCGGCAGCUGUAGCGUAGCACGAGCAGAGGCCUUUGCCCCUCCCUGGGGUGCUUUUGAGAGUGUGCUGGUGAAAGGCGGCAGGAAGGCUUAUCUGGGGUAUAGCAGGGGCGAUGAUGAAAUGGCAGCGUGUGGGCAGUUGGGGCAGGUGCCCAGGCUUACACAAGGCUGCAGCUGUAGCGUAGCACGAGCAGCAGCUGCAGCAGCAGCAGCAGCAGCAGCAGGAGGAGGAAGAGAAGGAUUUGUAGGAGUAGAAAUACAAGCUUCGUGCAUUCCACGACGCGCUGGUGAAAGGCGUCAGGAAGGCUUAUCUGAGGUACUUGGUUGGGAUUCGCAAGGUGUUUAGUCUCGGCAAGAGUUCUCUCGGCUGAAUUCAGCCCAAUACUUGGCAUGGUGUUUAGUUCAACGCACAACCAAAUGUGUAUCAUGCCAUGCCAUGCCGUGCCACAGCCAUGCCAUGCCGUGCCACUGCCAUGCCAUGCCAUGGCAGGCUCCAUUUGUGCGUUUCUGCUGCUGCUUGUGGAUGAAGGAUAUUGGAUUGAGCGCAAGC